UGCUGGUAUGGAUGCUGAUAGCAGGGACGGAGUACUUCCGUGUGUCUGCCUUUGGGUGGGUCAUGUUUGUGGCCAUCUUGUACUGGGUCCUGACGGUCAUCUUCCUCAUCAUCUACCUGACCAUGGCUUACAACAGGAUCCCUCAGGUCCCCUGGACAACUGUGGGUCUGUUCUUCAACAGUAGUGCUACAGUGAUGUAUGUGGUGGCAGCAGCAGUGGACGCAGCCUCAAUCAGCCAUGCUGUUAAGGGACGCCAUAACUACAACUGCUGGGUAGCAUCCACAGUAAGACAACCAUCUCAGACCUCCCCGACAGACAUUUAA